AUGACAAGAUCGUCGGCAUAUAGUAGACAGUUUAGUUUUGUUUCAUUGGGUAAAAUUACCGGAUCCCAAGGUAUGUUGCUAAAUACGGGGGGUAGGUCAUUUAGAAAUAUAUUGAACAGCAAGGGGCUCAAUGUACAUCCUUGACGUACCCCCUUGUUAUAUGGAAAAAGCGAUGUUCUGUGAUUUGAUUGUUUAACAGCACAUUUUGAAUUAGAAUAUAGGUUUUUCAUUAAUUUGUAGAAAUUUCCAUUGAUUUUAUUCUUAAGUAAUUUUAAGUAUAAUCCGUCAUGCCAAACCAAGUCGAAAGCUUUUUUGAAAUCGACAAAACAUGUAUAUAGUCGUCCAUUCGUUUUCUGGUUAACAUAUUUAUCAGUUAAAGUUUUUAAAGUAAGGAUGUGAUCAGCCGUUCUGUGGCCGGGUAGAAAUCCCAUUGUGCAUUUUGUGCAACUCGUAUGUAGCAGAAAGUGCAUGUACUUGAUUGUAUUUAUGUUACAUGGUGGUUAUAUAUUUAUAUCUAUCAUACAAGCAUUCUGUGAUACAAGUAUGUUUCCAAAGAUUCCCCUGAAUAUAUAUAUAUAUAUAUAUAUAUAUAUAUAUAUAUAUAUAUAUAUAUAUAUAUAUAUAUAUAUAUAUAUAUAUAUAUAUAUAUAUAUAUAUAUAUAUAUAUAUAUAUAUAUAAAAGUUGUCAUGCACGUUUUAUUUACAUUGUAGUUUUGGAUUACGACGUGUCUUAUUUGACUCCUGUGAAUGAGCGAGGUGAAGAAAUCUCCCAACGACGAACGAGAAGAGAUAUAACAAACAAAAAACAAGCAUUUUAUAACAUUUCUAUACUUGGCCUGACCUUACACCUUAAUUUAACACUAAACAGACACUUAAUAGCACCUUGUUUUCAUAUUGAAACAAAACAUAGUAAUGGAUCAACAACCAAGUCAGGUCUAACUCAUGGAAAUUUUUAUCAUGGAUACGUGAUCUCGUACCCAGGUUCCAAAGUCGCUCUGAGUGGUAGAGGUAGAUUGGUAAGUAACACUCAGUUAGAUAGCUAACAUGAGCCGAGUUUAGAAAGAUAAAACAAAGAAUUUGACCAAGCCUCCAGGCCAUAUCCUAAAUGGGCAGUGAACCGUUUGGUUUCUAGUUUGGGAGUUGGACGCAAACAUUUCUUAUUUGCGAGAUUUUAUUUUAGUAAUUUUCUUUCCCUUGUCCGAACAAUCGUUUCCCAGUUUUUUUUCCUACAGUCUUAACUCUUACGUCUGUAUGCGUUUCGUCUAGAUCUUUCUGGUUGUUAUCCUUCCGUAAUGAUAUAUGGGCUCGUUAUAUUAAAUUGCUUGUGGAAUUCCAAUUUCCUUUCCCGUCUUUUAAAUCCUUCUAUUUUGCAGAGAGGCGCAGUUGCAAUUUCCGAUGAUCAUUUGUUUGAGAUUCAUCCUCUCCCUGAUCAUUUGUCGAAGAAUCACGAGAAAGACGAUUUCCCGCACUUGGUUAUUAAAAGAUCCAUCAUUGAUAAACCACUUCAGUUUGAUGAUGAUUGGAAUGGUGAGGUUUUGUUAAGUCACUGAUGAAGAAACAGAACAACAGAAACAACAGCAACAACAGCAACAACAACAGCAACAACAACAGCAGCAACAACAACGACGACGACGACGACGACGACGACAACAACAACAACCGACAACAACCAACAACAACCAACAACAACAACAACCAACAACAUCUUCUUGGAAGCGGGACGUGUUGUGCUUCUUCCACCCACCAAACAGUCGAUCGAUACAUAAUCUCGCAUAAUCUCAAUCACGUUGGUUGUAUUGACUCACUAUUACCAUGUAUAUUUAACUGUGUAAUUCUUUGAUUUAGACUUGAACGAAACUUUCAUAGAGAAGCGAUCCUUGGAGCAAGAGCUGUCUGAGAGCAACGAUGGCGGCAAGAACAAAUUUUUGGAGGUCAUUUACGUCGCUGACAGGCAUGCUAUAGAACUUUAUGGAUUGAUUGAUUUACCUGAGAUGUUGCUGUCUAUUGGAAAUAUUGUAAGAAUGUUUUUACUUCGUUUUUUCUAAUUAAUUAAUUAAUUAAUUAAUUAAUAAUUAAUUAAUUAAUUAAUAAUUAAUUAAUUAAUUAAUUAAUUAUUUAAUCAACUAAUUACUUAUUAUUUAAUUCAAAGAUUUAAUUACCUAUUUUCUGUAGGUGUCACAAUUAAUCUAUGGAAUGAGUUAUGGUGAUCCGAAAGUUGUUUAUGUCAUUAACAAAAUUCGUCUUCUCAAUGAUGGAACGGUACAGUACAACUUUGUAUAAAAAUUGUUUAAUUAAAUAUUAUAUCAAACAUUUUUUACACAUGUACACACUAAGAUCGCUUAAACCUAUGCUGUGUGACAAUGGUAAUAAUGGAAUAGGCGGUGGUAAUGGAAGUGGUGAUAAUGAUGGUGGUGGUGAUGAUGGUG